AUGGCGACACCAACUACUCCUCAACUCACCAUUACCCUCCUGGGCGCCACGGGUCGCACGGGGCGAGAAGUGCUUUCCGGCCUACUGAAGCGCGACAUUCAUCAUCUGAAGAUCUACGUGCGCUCGAAGCAGAAGCUCAUCAACUUGUUUCCACAACUGCUAUCCGAUACUCGCGUCGAGAUCUGCGAAGGAGAAGUCACGAACCAGGAGACGAUGCAGGCGUGUCUUUCAGGCGCAAAGAUCAUCAUCAACACGAUUGGAGGAUACUCGUUCUUCCCGGAUGGCAGUCUGCAGCGGGCUGCCGAGUCGAUCGUCAUGGCGCUCCAGGGUUUGAGGAACAAUGCACGAACGGACGGUAGGAAGUGGGAGAAGCCGCGCAUGUUGCUGCUAAGUUCGAGUUCGAGAAAUGAGCGCUUCGCAGCGGCCAGGCCGAAACUCGUGCACUGGCUCAUCGAGACGGCGUUUCAGAAUGGAUACAAUGAUCUGAAACUUGCCCAUAAGGCCGUUUUGGUGGAUCCAUCCUUGGUGUCGGUCUUGUUCGUGCAGCCAGGUGUUCUCAUUGAGGAGGAAGCAACAGGGUCCUAUAUCAGUACCGAAGAGGUGAAGCUUGCCUGCUCGUACGAAGAUCUAGGGGCUGCAUUUGUCGAUCUAGCGCUGGAGAGAGGUUAUGAUGAGCUUCGGGAGGUGGGUGUUUCGAGUGAACUCGGGAACAGGGCGGCCCGGUACGCGCCUAUUAUGUUGAGGAAGAUUGCGGCUGGUUUCUUUGCUGCUUAUGUCCCUGGAGCAUUGCACAUUACGAACUUUCUGGAAGGUGUGCAGAGGCUGAUUUGGUGA